AGUGGUUUCUCCGGCUCAGGUUCCUACAGCCGUCUGGGCCCCUCUGAGCCUCGGGGAGCAUUUGCCAGCGAAAGGCCCAAGUCUCUGGCCCCUCUGUUCCCUAUCCCUUUGUCCCAGCGUCUCUAGGGCAUCUGUAGGAGCAUUAACCCCUUCCUCACCACAACAAUGUCCAACAACAUGGCCAAGAUUGCUGAGGCCCGAAAGACAGUGGAGCAGCUGAAGUUGGAGGUCAACAUUGAACGCAUGAAGGUGUCCAAGGCUGCGGCCGAGCUACUGGCCUUCUGCGAGGCGCAUGUGAAGGAGGACCCACUGGUGACUCCAGUGCCCGCGGCCGAGAACCCCUUCCGUGAGAAAAGACUUUUCUGCGUGCUGCUCUGAGCUUCCCAGCCCCUUAAGAAAAAUAUCUAAAUAAAG